AGACAGUAGCCGCACGAAGUCGGUUGAGAGCGAAAGUUUCGCGCCGAAAGAGUGAUCCUUAAGGUUGUUUGAACAGUGUUGGGUCUUCAACGUAAAGUAAAUAAUAAAUAAAUAGAUAAGAAUAAAGGAGAAAAAAACAACAACACAAAGAAUGUCGCUAGCCAGUUCGAUGCUCGGGGGCUUCCAGCUGCCCAUCACUAGAAGAGGUCGGUUCCUCGAGGACGAUUUCUUCAGUGGCUUCCAGAACAACUACAGGAGAGCCGUCGACGAUGUUCUAGACCGCUGGGGAUCCCGCAAGACCCUGGCAGACCGCUUGGCGUCCUACAGGAGACUGAGGGAGAAAGACGCCUCCGAUGACACCAAGGCAGCGACCAUCUCGGAAACAGACGAUGCGUACAUGAUCGUCCUGGACAUGAGCGACUUCGCCAGCGGAGAGAUAACGGUCCAAACAUCCGGAUUCUUCGCGGUGGUCGACGGCAAGGCUCCCCCGCGCGUCUUCAACAGGCGGUUUCCCUUGCCGAAGACGGUGGUGAUUGACCGGGUCGUUGCGGACCUUUCGGACGACAACAUUUUGAAGAUUACGGCGCCGAAGAAGGGCGCCAAGAGCGUGGCCGUCAACCUGGAGGGCGAGCAGACAUCGGCCUCGGUGCAGCAGCAGGCGGCCGCGCCCUCUGUGGAGGAGCAGAUCAUCCCAACCCAAACGACGUCUUCCCUGAGCCAGGCCCCCGGCGGGUCACGUGUCAUCCCGCUGGAGGUGGAGGGACAAGCCACGUCCACCUCCACCGCCACGUCCUCCUCGAGCUCUAGAGUGGAGAGCGUGGCGCAGGCCGUGAAGAGCGAGGAGCUGUGCGCCGGACGCCGCGGUUCCAACACGAGGAUCAUCCCGCUUAACAUCGAGGGCGACGAUGGGGACUCCUCCUUCUCGAGUUUCACCUCCACCUCCUCGCACAACCGCGUCCUCCCCAUCAAGCGCCGCGGGAGGUUCUUGCAGGACGCGACUUUCGAGAAGGUGUGGAAGGACUUCGAGACGGCGCUGGACGAGGUCAUGGCUCGGAGGGGGUCGAGGACGGGGUUGGAGGACGACAGGAUGCAGUCCUACAAGAAUCUCCGCCAGUGUGUGCAGCAGGAGGACAACCAGGCGGCCAACGUGUCCAAGGAUGAGGGAGAGGUUAAGAUCGUGUUGGACGUGAAGGACUUCGUGGACGGGCAUCUGGACGUGAAGGCGGAGGAUGGGGCGAUCGUGGUCAAGGGCAAGAAAGGUCCUUGUUCCUUCGAGCGUCGGUUCUCAAUCCCGAACUUGUCUCAGCCAGACAAGGUCGCGGCGGCGCUCUCCGAUGACGGCGUCCUGACGGUGACCGCCCCCGUGUAAAGGGGCCAGGGGCGAUUACGUGCUGGAAGGGGGGGGUCCAGAUUUUGACAUAUCAGAUAUUUUUGGUUUCUUUCCUUCUUUUUUUUCCUUCAUAAAACAUCCGUGUGUGUAAAGGAUAAGACGGAAAUGAACUUCGAGAUAAAAAAAGUUCAAUCCAUGACAAGUACUUCGUUGUGUACAGUUAUCAACGGCAACACUUAGUAAGUGUUGUUGAGACCAGGUUUCUCUGGAUUUACUUUAUUGUACUUGUAUAAAUGCGCAGGACUGUAUAUCUUUUAGAGGAACUAGUAUGUAUCAAAUCACUUGAGGUUUUCAUACAAAAUUAUUGGCCAUGUAAUAGUCGGAAGUGAGUUGAGUGAGUUGUGUGCGGUAAAUUAAUUAAGGAGAUCGCCAAGAUUCAGGGUAAAUAAAGUCUAUGGUGAUUUUCAACACAUUUUGGUCAGCGGCAGUAGUGUCCAAGAGCACGAGGGCUGGUAAGGCGAUACCAACAGCAAUCCAUAAAAGUAGGGGUUGUAGAAACACCAGCCUUCGGUUGAGGUCAAAUAGUGAAGUGACUGUCAGAUGAGGUCUAUAGGGUUGUUUGAAUCCUGUCCGAUGAGUUGUUUGCUGGUAACGAUGAAUGUGGCCGCGGAGAGAGGGAGUGAGAAGGUGCAGCACUAACAGCAACUCAUAAAUACAGGGAACUAGCAGCUAGACGAGUGAGUAAGGAGAAUGAGGAGUUGAAUAACAUACAAGGAAGGGAAUAAAUAGGAGGAAAGCCUACUUGAGAAGCCUAUCCUAAUCUUAAUGACAAAGCUGUACCCACAAAGUAGUCAUACAUGUAUAUUCGUGUGCUUAGUAGUGAACGUUUUGCCACCUAAGCCUAACGACUACAAAGCUGGGUGCAGUCUAGGCGGAAGUGUUCCAGCUAGCAUCCCCGAUCUUGAAUUGCAUGGUAUAUGGUAAUAUUAUGUUUAUGUAUACUGUAUGUAAUGUGCGUGAGCCUUGUAUUAGUAUGUAUGGACAAUAGAUGCAUAACCCUUAGGAUAUAUAUGACAAUUCUUAGAGAGAGAGAGAGAGAAGGGGGGAGGGAUGGGGGGAAUUAAAAAUUUGGAAGGCUUUCAAAUGACUUUGCAUUGUAUUCUUAUAUGUAUAAGAUAAUCGAGAUUUUGUCGUAUAUUUUUUGUAUUUUACAUGAAAAUAAAAAUAUAUAUAAAAGAACAAAACAUUUAUACAUUAUUUUCAUCUCAUCUCUGAUCAGAAAUAAGAUGCAUCACAUUUUUUUUUUCUUUCUUAUUACAAAUUUAUUCAUACUGGCUAAUAAAUUACCAAAUUACCAAA